AUGUCACAGAAAGCCGCUACUGGUGGAGCUUCAGUAAAAAAGAAAGCUAACAGAGAAAAGGGCGAGGAAUACACAUGCAAAUGGGCAAAUUGCACGGCCGGAUGCUUUCCUGUGCUCACAUCUUUGGUGGAUCAUGUCACCAAUAAUCACCUCCAAAACUUCGUAUUCGUCGGAUCCCUGGCUCCACCGCGCUAUGUUUGUCUCUGGGAGGGCUGUUCACGCUAUGAAGUGGAGCAACCCUCGAAAUUUGCGCUCAUUUCACACUGUCGUACCCACACUGGUGAGAAACCGUACUUCUGUCCGCUUCCAGAAUGUGAGAAGCAUUUCACCAGAUCUGAUGCCUUGGCUAAACACGUGAAAGGUGUCCAUGAUCUCCAUCCCAUUCGAGAUGCAAUUGGGUUGAUGCGUACCCGUUCCGACAAGCGGGACCUCGACUUGGGUCCACGAGUAGAUUUAAAUAGACUUACAGACGAUCAGUACCGUGAAUUGUUGGCGCGGGACUACGAGCUUCGUGUUCCUUGGUGGUAUUCUCAGAGGUUUACGGAUGGACUACAAGAGCAGUCGUCGACCUUACAGACUAUCUACGAUCAGGAAAUCGAGACUCGGCAGAAUGACUUGGCCAAUCUUAGAUACAAGAAGUUCCUUACAUAUCCCGACGAGGAGCUCAUAACUGCUCGUGACACUGAGCAAAACCCCGUCUUAAAGAACUUGGCUGAUGAUAUCAAAUCGGUGACUACGAGCUACACUAAACCUAUCGAUUAUACCCUGCGACAUGAGUUUGAUGAGACCGCGGAGGAUUGCGAGCGUCUACGCUCAGUUUUAGCCACUGCUACAAAGGUCAACAAAAUUGUCCGCGCUCAACUCAAUAGUGCUGUGAAGGAACGCAGGCGGUUGUGGGUAUUGAAUCGUAUUCUCCUAGAGGCCAAUGUUCAGAAGACACUCCCAAAAAAUGAUGAUGCGCCCGAGACUGACGAAAUCGACGAAUUUGUUAUGAGAGAAGGAAUCGCCAAGGAAUAA